AUGGACUCUUCAAGUUCACGAUUGGAUAAUGAUGGUGAAUUUGACGAUGAUCUAACCCAUCAAGAUGACCGUCAAAAUGAUAUGGGUGAAAAAUUUGAGAAGUCGAAGGAUUUAAUGACAUUUAUUUCUGAUGAAGAGUUGAAUGAUGAGGAAGAAAAUGUGGUACUACCUGUGGUGUUAAAGGAUGAUGAGAAAGUUGAAGAGCCGAAAGAAUCAAUGACAUUUAGUUCAUUAGACGAAGUCUGCUCUUAUUAUAGGAAGUAUGCUAAGCAAGCUGGGUUUGGUAUAGCGCAGAGAAGCUCGAGAAAAAAGAAGGGUAUAAAAGGUUACGUAAUGCUUAUAUGUACUCGUGGAGGUGCAGAGCGACCUAAAACAAGUGAUUGUUCGAAGCCAAUUCCAAUUUCAAAUAAAACAGGGUGUGGUGCUAGGAUUUGUGCAAAUUUAUGUGAUGAUGGAACGUGGUUUUUGAGUAAAGUUGAGUUGAUGCAUAAUCAUUCGUUAAGCCCGGGCAAGGCGAGAUUUUUUAGAAGCAAUAAGAAAAUUAGUGACGUUGCGAAAAGAAGACUUGAGCUAAAUGACAGAGCAGGAAUACGUUUGUGUAAAAAUUUCAAUUCAUUAGUUGUUGAAAGUGGAGGGUUUGAGAAUCUUUCCUUUGGAGAGAGAGAUUGUCGGAAUUAUAUUAACAAGGCAAGAGAACUCAAUCUUGGUAAAGGUGGUGCUCAAGCACUUUGUGAUUACUUCAGAAGAAUGCAAAAGCAGAAUAGUGGCUUCUACUACGUAAUAGAUGUGGACGAUGAUUGUAGGUUAAGAAAUGUUUUUUGGGCUGAUGCACGGAGUAGGGCAGCGUAUGAUUUCUUUGGAGAUGUUAUUACGUUUGACACAACGUAUUUGACCAAUAAAUAUGACAUGCCAUUUGCUCCUUUUGUAGGAGUGAAUCAUCAUGGUCAAUCUAUACUUUUGGGGGCAGGACUAAUUUCAAGAGAGGAUACAGACACAUUUGUGUGGUUGUUUAAAUGUUGGUUGGAGUGCAUGAAUGGUCAAGCCCCUAAAGCAAUUAUGACAGACCAGGAUAGAGCUAUGAAAAAUGCAAUCGCUAUUGGUGCCAUUAAUAAAUGUUUGUAUGACUCUCAAACAUGUGAAGAAUAUGAGGAAAAUUGGAAAGAUCUUCUGGAGAAGUAUAAUCUUCAUGAUAAUGCAUGGUUGAAUGGGUUAUAUAUGGAUAAGACAUUUUGGGUGCCGGCAUACAUGAAAGAUACGUUUUGGGCGGGAAUGAGUACUACACAGCGAAGUGAAAAAUUUGUUGAUGAAUAUGAUAACGCUUUAAGGAGAAUGGUCGAGAGUGAGGCACGUGCUGAUUUCGAUUCUUUCAAUCGCACAAUCCCAUGUAUAAGUGCCUUGCAAUUAGAGAAACAGUUUCAAGUUGUUUACACAAAUGCGAAGUUCAAAGAAAUACAUGAGCAAUUUGUGAAAAUGAUGUCUUGUAAUAACGCUCUUCUCAAAAGUGAAGGUGCGAUUUCUACCUUCGAAGUUGUUGAAUAUGUUGCAGUUGGAGAUCACUUAAUAGAAAAGACAUUUCUUGUUUACUUCAAUGAAAAUGAACUCGAAGUGAAGUGCACAUGUGCAAUGUUUGAAGUAAAAGGCAUCCUAUGUAGGCAUUCGCUUUCCGUGUUACGUACAAAGAAAGUGACAACUCUGCCACAAAGAUAUGUUCUUGACAGAUGGAGGAAAGAUAUUAAGCGAGAGUACUCGAAGGUUAAGAGUAGUUAUGAUGCCAUUAGUGAUAAUCCACAUGCCCAAAUACAUGACAAAGUGAGAAACAAUUUGGAAGAAUUACUGUCGCUCACGUCGCUACCCCAUCUUCUAGCUGCAAAAAUGUGCUUAGUCCUGUGA